AUGGCUAGCCGCACACCGACCAGCCGAGGCAGGCGCCCAGCAGUACCCGAAGGCCUCAAUGAGACAUGGGCCAAGGAUCUGACGGACCAGUUCCGUCGUACUCUCAGCACAAAGCGCAUGAAUGCCCUCACUAGAAACACCACACAACAGCAGCAACAAUCGCCAAAUGCCCCGCCAUCAUAUUCGUCUCUCCGCAAUAUUCCGCUGGUCGCAACCGCCCCGUCAGAUAGAAACUCGUUGCGCUUCCGUUCCAUGCUCCUCUCCCUGUCCAACACUCCCUGUAAAUGGGAAAACCCUGGUCUGCUGGAUGAAGCCCUUCGCUCAAUUCCCCUGGAACGCAUCUACGACCAAGCACAAGAAGAGAGCGACCUUUUCCUGGCCGAGGCUGCAUCAUUAGGACCUAACACUAAGCCUGCCUGGGGUUACCAGGACUGUGUCGUCAGAGCCCUUAUGAAGUGGUUCAAGCGCCACUUCUUCCAAUGGAUCAACAACCCCAAGUGUGGUGCCUGCCACGCACCCACUAUUGCUGUCGGUAUGGCCGCUCCUCUUCCGGACGAGCAAGCCCGUGGUGCCAACCGUGUCGAGAUCUACCAAUGCUCCAACGCUCAAUGCCAGGCUCACGAACGUUUCNNCCCCCGCUACAGUGACGCCUUUGUCCUCCUUCAAACACGAAGAGGACGUGUUGGUGAGUGGGCCAACUGCUUCAGCAUGUUGUGUCGCGCAGUCGGCAGCAGAGUACGUUGGGUAUGGAACAGCGAAGACCACGUUUGGACCGAGGUAUACAGCGAGCACCGUAAGCGCUGGGUGCAUGUCGAUGCCGUCGAAGAGGUCUGGGAUCAACCUCUUCUGUACACACAUGGUAUGUCUCCCCUUCCAACACUUGGUUGCUUUCCAUGUUCUAACCUUCUCCCAGGCUGGAAGAAGAAGCUUGCUUACUGCAUCGCCUUCUCUGCCGAUGGCUGCCAAGACGUCACUCGUCGCUACGUGCGCAACUUUGGAAAGUACGGCCUACCGCGAACAAAGGCUCAGGAGAGCGCCGUUCUCCACAUCAUCGCCGAGAUCAAGAACAUGCGCCGUCGCGACAUGAACAAGACCGACAAGUUUCGUCUCGAGGGCGAGGACAUCCGCGAGGACAAGGAGUUCCGUCAGAACGUUAUCGAGAGCUUGUCAAGAGAAAUCUGCCGCAUGCUCCCUGGCCGUCCCGACGCAGACAUGCUCAAGGCACAAGAGCGUGCCAGAGAGGCUCAGCUCGCUCGUGCUCGCAACCAGCAGAACGCCCAAUUCUUCAACCCUCGCGAUCAACAGCAGCAAUAA